AUGGCUGUUCCGUCAGUGGCGCCGCUUCGGCGAAGCGCCAGAAACGUGAAAACGGAAACUGUGGUGAAGACCGAGACCAUCACGCCUAACAGGAAUCGCAUCACUUCGAGAUCGGUGAAGCGUAGUGCAUCACCGAAUUCACCUCAAAGACAUAACAUCAAAAAGAUCAAGAAUGAGCCUGUAUCACCAACAGUCAAGCGGAUCUCUGAUAUCAGCCCCCGGAAAUCCGCCAUCGAAACAGUGACAACCAAAGCAGAGGUUCUCAAGGAGCGUAAACUCAAAUCUUUUUCUGCGUUCUCGAAGCAGUCGCCGUACCCAGACUUUGUCCGUCCCACCGCGGAAGAAUGCAGAACUGCUCACAGAAUUCUUGCAAAGGUUCACGGCGAACGACUUCGUCCAGAGGAGGUUGUGGCGCCUACGAAAACCGCAGGCUGUGGAGAUUCACCGUCUGUCCUGGAUGCUCUGGUGCGCACAAUAUUAUCACAGAACACAAGCAACAAAAACAGCACCAGAGCCAAACUGAGUAUGGAUGAAGAGUAUGGAGGUAGUGAUAAGUGGGAAGAGAUUGCGAGCGGCGGCCAAGCGAGGCUGGAGAAAGCAAUACAAACCGGCGGCCUGGCUGCAACCAAAAGCAAAGUCAUCAUCGGUCUUCUGCAGCAAACGAAACAAAAGUAUGGUGUAUACUCGCUCGACCACUUGUUCGAGGCGUCAGAUGAAGAAGCUAUGAAGGAGAUGAUUUCCUUUCAAGGGGUAGGGCCGAAGACAGCGAGUUGCGUGUUGCUCUUCUGCCUGCAACGCCCUAGUUUUGCCGUUGAUACCCAUGUUCAUCGCAUCACUGGCCUUCUUGGCUGGAGACCAGCUUCUGCUGGGAGGGAAGAGACUCAGGCCCAUUUGGAUGCAGUUGUGCCUGAUGAUGAGAAAUACCCCCUACAUGUUCUCUUUGUUACACAUGGCAGACUCUGCGCGGAGUGCAAGGCUGGUGGUAAGACCGUGAAGAAUUGCGAGCUGCGGAGAGCUUUUAAGAAUGGGCGCUUUACUGGAGGCGCCAAGGAAGACGCGGCUUCUAUUAAGAAGGAGGAAGAAUCAAUAUGA